AUGGCAGUUGAUGAAAGAAUUGGGGCCCCUGUCAGACAGAGUGAUAUUGUUGAUAUAAGUAAUUGCUUUCACAACUGUGGAAUGGAGGAUAUCAAAAGUGUGGGGAAUUUCUUCACAUGGAAUAACAAGCAGCAAGGCACUAAUAGGGUGUUCUCAAAAAUAGACAGAUUCAUGGCCAAUCAAGCAUGGCAAGGAAUCUUUCCAGCUGCUGAAGUUUGCUUCAUGCCUGAAGGUCAUUUUGAUCACUCGCCUGGUCUUUUGACAGUGUAUCCUAGGAGUGAUGGAGGGAGGAAACCAUUCAAGUACUUUACAAUGUGGAAGAGUUCUCCUGUGUUUUCUGAAACUGUGAAGAAGGCUUGGAGUAGUCACAUAGAUGGAAGUAAAAUGUUCAGAUUGGUUUGUAAACUUAAGAAAGUUAAGCAAGCCUUGAGAGAAUUGAAUAAAGUUGGCUUUACUGAUGUUCAAGGUGCAGAUCUAAAGGCCUAUCAGGAAAUGGUGAAUGCUCAAAGUGCAUUACAUAGAAAUCCUACUGAUGCAAGUGUAGCUGAUGCUGAGCUAAAAGAUAUACAAGAAUAUAAAGAAAAACAUAAGGCAUACUUGGCAUUCUUAAGUCAAAAAGCUAAAGUUAAUUGGCUUAAAGAAGGAGAUGAAAAUACUGCUCUAUUUCAUCAAAGCAUCAAAGCUAGAAGAGUUCAAAAUCAAGUUUACAGUAUCUGUGAUAUGACUGGAAAUUGGAAAGACACAACUGAUGAGGAACAUCACAAAAGUAUUCUCAAUGCCCCUUACACUGCUGAUGAGGUUAAAUCUGCUUUAUUCUCUAUUCCAGGAGUCAAAGCUCCAGGUCCAGAUGGUUUUGGGUCUUAUUUCUACAAAGAUGCUUGGCACGUUGCUGGAGAUGAGGUUAUAGCAGCUAUUCUGGAUAUGUUACAGAAUGGGAAGCUCUUGAAGGAGGUGAAUCAUACUGUCAUCACUCUCAUCCCCAAGACUAAAUGUCCAAAAGAUGUGAGUGAAUUCAGACCAAUUUCAUGUUGUAACACCAUUUAUAAGUGCAUAACAAAGGUCCUUUGUGGGAGAUUAAGACAAGUAUUACCUGAUCUGAUCUUGGAAAACCAAGGUGGUUUUGUUCAUGGUAGGUUUAUUGUCCACAACAUUAUGGUUGUUCAAGACUUAGUCAAGCAUUAUGGCAGGAAGGCAGUCAAACCUAGCUGUCUCAUGAAGAUUGAUCUUCAGAAGGCUUAUGACACAGUUGAUUGGCAGUUUUUGUAUGAAAUGCUCACUUAUCUGGAGUUCCCAUGCUCUUUUGUGAAAAUGUUUCAUCCAAGAUGUAAAGAUAUCAAGCUCACUCAUCUUUGUUUUGCUGAUGACUUGAUCUUGUGCAGUAAGGGUGAUUAUCAAUCUAUUCUCCUCUUGUUACAAGCUUUCAAACUUUUUUCAAACUCAGCUGGUUUAAAGGCUAAUCAGCAGAAGUCUUCUGUGUACUGUCAUGGUAUGCCAGAGAGUGAAGUUCAACGAGUAGUUGAUGUUUCUAGUUUCUCCAGAAGUUCUUUGCCUUUCAAGUAUCUGGGUGUUCCCAUUUGCUCUAAAAAGAUUACUGUGGCUCAAUGUGGACAUCUAGUGGAUAAGAUGAUCACUAGGAUUAAGAUCUAG